AGAUUCGAUAGAGGGCAGGUCGAAAGGUCUGGUGACGCAUCCAUCCCGGUUUCCGUCGAGAACCGCCAUCUUAUUUUAUCUCUUUCCGGUUAUCACCGUCGCAGAGAUGCCUUCCGUAACUCUUAAGGACGUUGACCAAAACAAAUUCGUUAAGGCGUUUGCCGCGUUUCUCAAAAAAACCGGCAAAAUGCCUGUCCCUGAAUGGGUUGACAUUGUAAAGUCGGCACGCUUCAAGGAACUCGCUCCUUACGAUCCAGACUGGUACUACAUCAGAUGUGCCGCGCUCGUUCGACACAUCUAUAUCCGUAGCCCUAUAGGUGUUGGAGCAGUGACCAAAAUAUUUGGUGGACGCAAACGAAAUGGAACUCAUCCCAGCCAUUUCUGCCGUUCAGCCGGUGGAGUUGCCCGCAAAGCUCUACAGAGUUUAGAACAACUUAAACUUAUUGAAAAAGCUUCUACGGGUGGACGCAAACUCACCAGCCAAGGCCGCCGUGAUCUUGACCGUAUUGCUGCUCAAGUAAAAGCAAAGACAAGGACACAGCUCAAAUUGCAGGAGACUCUUGUGCUAUAAGCCCCGUUCCACGUAAUAUAAAUAAAAACACGAAAAUUCAA